GCGUCACAGGGUGACUCACACUGACUAAGGAUUCCAUUACGGCUUCUUACGCUAGUUUUGUGCUCCGCCGCACUCUCGCAAACCCUUCUUCCUUCACUCCAAUCCGCCGCCCAUCACUGCCGCCGCCGGCUUCUUGCUUCGCGCCCUACCUUGCGGAGCGACAAGUCUCAAAGCAUCUCUCAUUUGCUCCUCGAUUCACCACUAAAGCAGCCACCAUGGCUGGAGUAGAGACAAAAUCUCAGGAAACGGAGAACAAUGGCAAAAUUGGGGCGGGGGCAGCGUCGGAGGGAAAACAGUUGACUCCUGAAGAGCUCGAAAAGAAGAAGAAGAAAGAGGAAAAGGCUAGGGAGAAAGAACUGAAGAAACUCAAGGCUGCACAAAAGGCAGAAGCAGCUAAACUGCAGGCACAACAAGCUGCCAAUGCUCCCAAGACAUCUAAGAAGAAAAGCUCAAAAAGAGAGGGUGGAGAUGAGAAUCCAGAGGAUUUCGUUGAUCCUGAAACACCCUUGGGGGAGAAGAAAAAACUUUCCACUCAAAUGGCAAAGGCAUACAAUCCUAAUGCUGUUGAGAAAUCGUGGUAUGCAUGGUGGGAAAAAUCAGAAUUCUUUGUUGCUGAUCCCAGCAGCUCCAAACCACCUUUUGUAAUUGUUUUGCCACCGCCGAAUGUUACCGGUGCACUACAUAUAGGCCAUGCAUUGACUGCUGCAAUUGAGGAUAUGAUCAUUCGCUGGCGAAGAAUGUCUGGGUACAAUACUUUGUGGGUCCCUGGAAUGGACCAUGCUGGAAUAGCAACACAGGUGGUCGUGGAGAAGAAGAUCAUGCGGGAAAGGAAAUUGACUAGGCAUGAUCUUGGCCGUGAAAACUUUGUAUCAGAAGUGUGGAACUGGAAAAAUGAAUAUGGGGGCACAAUACUGAAACAACUUCGACGCUUGGGUGCAUCUCUCGACUGGUCCCGUGAGUGCUUUACCAUGGAUGAAAAACGUUCGAAAGCUGUCACUGAAGCAUUUGUUAGGCUAUCCAACGAAUCUCUUAUCUACAGGGCUCCACGUAUGGUGCAUUGGGAUUGUGUCUUGCGCACUGCAAUAUCUGAUAUUGAGGUUGAUUAUAUAGAUGUUAAAGAGAGAACAUUGCUUAAGGUUCCUGGAUAUGAAGAACCUGUGGAAUUUGGAGUUCUUAUUUCAUUUGCUUAUCCUCUAGAAGGAGGGCUUGGUGAGAUUGUUGUGGCCACCACUAGGAUUGAAACAAUGCUUGGUGAUACAGCAAUUGCCAUCCAUCCUGAAGACCCAAGAUACAGCCAUCUUCAUGGGAAAUUUGCUAUUCAUCCAUUUAAUGGAAGAAAGCUUCCAAUAGUUUGUGAUGAAAUCCUUGUAGAUAUGAACUUUGGGACUGGUGCUGUUAAGAUAACUCCAGCGCAUGAUCCAAAUGAUUUUGAGGUUGGGAAGCGUCACAAUCUUGAGCUCAUUAGCAUUUUAACUGAUGAUGGGAAAAUAAAUAGCAAUGGUGGUCCAGAUUUUGAAGGGAUGCCUCGUUUUAAAGCACGUGUGGCUGUGAUUGAAGCAUUAAAAGCAAAGGGCCUCUAUAGAGACACUAAAAAUAAUGAAAUGCGUCUUGGUAUCUGUUCAAGGAGUAAUGAUAUAGUGGAGCCCCUAGUUAAACCUCAAUGGUUUGUUGACUGUCAAAGCAUGGCAAAGCAGGCACUUGAUGUUGUUAUGGAUGAAAAUAAUAAGAAAAUGGAGAUAAUCCCGAAACAAUAUGCUGCUGAUUGGAAGAGAUGGCUUGAUAACAUCCGUGACUGGUGCAUUUCAAGGCAGCUUUGGUGGGGUCACCGCAUUCCUGCAUGGUAUGUGGUGUUAGAGGGUGAUGAACAGCAGGAAUUCGGUGUCCAUGAUGACCGCUGGGUGGUCGCUAGAAACGAAUCUGAGGCUCGAGAGUUGGCUCACAAAAAAUUUGCCAAGAAGUUUGAGCUGUCUCAAGAUCCUGAUGUAUUAGACACCUGGUUUUCUUCUGGUCUUUUUCCACUAUCUGUAUUGGGCUGGCCAGAUGAUACUGAGGAUUUAAAAGCAUUUUACCCAACUUCUGUUCUUGAAACUGGUCAUGAUAUUCUCUUUUUCUGGGUAGCUCGUAUGGUGAUGUUGGGAAUCAAGCUGGGAGGUGAUGUGCCUUUUACAAAGGUAUAUUUGCAUCCAAUGAUUCGUGAUGCCCAUGGGCGUAAGAUGUCCAAGUCUCUAGGAAAUGUCAUUGAUCCACUUGAGGUGAUUAAUGGUAUUGCUCUUGAAGGUCUUCAUAAGAGACUAGAGGAAGGAAACUUAGAUCCAUUGGAGUUGAAAACUGCUAAAGAAGGUCAGAAGAAGGACUUUCCUAAUGGUAUACCAGAAUGUGGCGCAGAUGCUCUUCGUUUUGCCCUUGUUACGUACACUGCUCAGUCAGAUAAAAUCAAUCUGGACAUUCAGAGGGUGGUUGGGUAUCGUCAAUGGUGUAACAAACUGUGGAAUGCAAUUCGCUUUGCCAUGAGCAAACUAGGAGAUGAUUACAUACCUCCAGCAGAAAUAGUCCCGCAUACCAUGCCAUUUAGUUGCCAAUGGAUACUCUCAGCACUAAACAAGGCCAUAUCAAAGACAGUGUCAGCUCUAGAAUCUUCUGAAUUCUCUGACGCAGCAACAUCAGUAUAUUCAUGGUGGCAAUUUCAAUUAUGUGACAUCUUUAUUGAAGUAAUCAAGCCAUAUUUUGGUAGUGAUGAUCCAUCAUUUGCAAUUGCAAAAAGAUCUGCACAGGAUGCAUUGUGGUUGUGCUUGGAUAAUGGGUUACGGUUACUUCAUCCAUUCAUGCCAUUUGUCACAGAGGAACUGUGGCAGCGUCUUCCAGCUAGGAGAGAUUGUUCCAAAAAAGAAUCUAUAGUUAUAAGUGAAUAUCCUUCAACUGUUGAGAGCUGGAAUAAUGAUAAAGUUGAAGAUGAGAUGGAAAAGGUAACAUCUAUAGUAAAAGGGCUGCGGUCAAAGAGGGCAUUGCUGCCUCCAAAAGAAAGAUUUGAAAGGCGAGCUGCUUUUGUGCUGUGUCGGACAGAUGAAUUUAUGGAAAUAGUCAAAAGCCGUGAGUUGGAGAUCUCUACACUGGCUAGUUUGUCAUCAUUGAAGGUCUCGUGUGAUAUUGAUGCUGCUCCAACUGGAUGGUUGACAGAAGUUGUAGAUGAAUCCCUUACAGUUUUCCUAGAAGAAAAAGGAACUUCCAUUAAUCCAGAGGCUGAACUUGAAAGGCUCAGGAAAAAGAUGGAGGAGACCAAAAGGCAACACAACAACCUAUCAAAGGUUAUGAGUGCAUCGGGAUAUAAAGAGAAAGUUCCGCCUAAUGUUCACGACGAGAAUAUGUCGAAGCUGACUGCCCUUAUGCAGGAACUGCAAUUAUUCGAAGAAAACAUCGGGCGUCUGGAAAAUCAAAUCGCGAGCACCUAAAUUUUUUGCAGCACAUCUGUUCAAACUUUACUUACAGGGAUGAAAUUGAUUUCACAUACUUUGUCCAACUCAUAGUCCAUGUUUAAAUGUAUCCACUGAAAAGCUCAAUACUCUUUCCAAUCAUAUUCUGAGAAAUAUAGAACAGUCAACUUAUUGCACUUUAUUCUGAUGCAAAAGCAGGGAUGAUGACAACUGCCAGCAAUCCUGUUGCAUCAGCAGUUGCCUACUACUAUAUAUGAUUGCUGCUUUCCUUUCU